UGCACGUUGUGAACAUUAAAAAUUGUGAAGGCUGAAAUGUAUUAACUUUACCAUAAAGCCUACAUGUGCUUACAAAUUAUUUCGAAAUUGGUUGUUACCCUACACAUCUUUGUUAAUUAUUCACUAGAAACAUUGAGCGUUUAUAUAUAUGUGUGCGUGCUAGUGUACAUACGGUUAUAUACUCGUAUUUAGUACAUUACUUAUAAAAAUUGAGUCACCCUUAUUGCUUGCUGAGUCAGUAUGUGGUUGGGGAUAGACCCACGUUAUCAAGUUAUCUAAGUGUAUCAUAGUCAGUAAUAACGGUUAUGUUCUCAUUUAUGUAGUUGCUUAAUUGUAGAUAUUUCGGAAUAAUUCCGCUUAUGAAAUUAAGGGGGGUACGUUUUUCGCUAUGUUUUAAUUUUUUUCUCUCAUGAUCAGUUGUGCUACAUUUGAUGACCGUAGGAUGAUGGAGCGGUACUUUCGUCGUACAAAACUACUUUUUUCGUGUAAUUCAGCAGAAAUGAGAGAAAGAUACAUUUUCUUCAUCACGUAUCACGAUAGUGUUAAUUGUAAUUCCCGUUUAAAUUUGGUUGGUUGCCCGGUGCAGCGUCAAGUUCCAAAAGAGAGUAGAGUUUAUCCUCACCUCGGGAUGUUACGUACUUCAAGGCUAUAUUUACUUAUUGCAACUCCUAUUGUUCAUCUCUUAUUUAAUAUUUUAAUGUAUGAAAUAGAUAUAUCCGAGACACUACCUGUAUUCGAUUUUAUAACUCGUUCUGUUAAUAACGAGAUCAGUCAAUAAAAUAAGUACGAUGUAAAUAAGAUUCACAUUUCGUUCGUC